UGGCGUUGCAGGCUGUGAACGUUACAGCAGCCACAGAUCACUGCAGUGCAGUAGCCAACCAGCAACCAGCUAGCUGUCUGGUCUACUCACAGAAAUAUGGAUGAAACGAUGAUACAAGUCAACGGCUGUCAGACUGACCCCCUCUGCAUGGGCCCAUAAACAUGUCCACAGAUGACAGUAUCUCUGAGGAUGCGUCCACCUCGGGGGCUUUGAGCCAUUGCCAUGCCAGUGCUGAUGGGGAUGUGGGUAAGGAGAGUGAGACCUCUUUGGUGUCCUCUGAGGGAACAUCAGCCUCUGGGCUGGCUGUCUCAGAGGACAGACACACAACCUCCCAAACAACAGGAGGCACUGUGGAGAACAUGGACAUCACACCAGCAUGCAACAAGAUCAGGAGUUUGUGUCUGAGCACAGAGGAAGCAUUUGAGCAGAGGAAGAGCCUCCCAUUCAUCAACCCAAGCUCUCUUGAGACCCUCAGGGCUUUGGUGCAGGAGAUCCAAAGCAGCGGAGAAACCGACCCUGAGAUCUGGAAGGAUUGUGAGGGCCGAUGGUUGCAUCUGUUUCAGCUGGUUGAGAAGCAAUACCAAGAGCAAAUACUCGCUCAGCAAGAACAAUACCAGUGCCAAAUACAGUUGAUUCAGGAUGAAAUCAAAGCUCUAGUUCAGCUCCAGAACCGCCAGGCCAGCCUCCAGCCACACACAGAGUUCUCUCUAACUUCGAUGACCAAAACUACCCCAAACAAAAAGGAUUAUAUUUUCCCCCUCAUCUCCAAUGGCUGCACAUUCUCCAAAAAUGUGGCCAGUGACAAUAACAGCCUGGCAGCCCCAGCCCUUACCACUUUUAGCUCCCCCUCACCUCCACUCCAGAGAUCACAGACCGCCAACCAGGAGGGGGAGCGGGCGACCACAGUGCUCAGCAGCGGGUACGGGACUCUGUCUGCAUGGGACACAGCUCUGGAACCUGCAGGGUCUCCGGGGGAAGAUGAGGACGGUGUUCAAGGGAGGGACAAGCAUCAUUCGUCCCUUAACUUUAUAGAAUACACAGAGACUACUUUGAUUGGGGGUCAGCAGGAUUUUACUCAUGUGAUGGCUCUCGGAGUGGAUGAAACUAAUCCACCACUCUACCAGCAGACCAACUCUGGCACCAGCCAGCCUUUGACCUCCUGGGCCCAGAGGCAGAAACUCAGGCCCAAGAAGAGCAAAGCAGAACAAGCUUCAUCCCAAAUCUUUGAGUACCAGGAGCAGCCGCACAGAGAAGCCCACAAACAAAUCCCUCUGGAGAGCUCAGACUUCCAGGAGCAGUUUCAGCAGCAACAAUCGUCUGGGCUGUCGUCCAGCUUUUUCCCCCUGAGGAGGAGUGACAGCCUGCUGUCUGAGGCAUCAGGGCUCACUUAUUGGCGUUUGCAUGAGAGUGAACUGUAUCACCCUCUACCCGACAGCUUCGACAGCGGUGCUUACCUCCUUCUGCAGGAGGCCUCCAUUAGUCUUGAGCCUGGUCUGUCCCUCAAAGAGAUCUAUAACAACAAGCAAAGAACAGACGGUAAACGUUCAGACUGGGAAGGCUCUGUAACAUCCAGUCCUUCGUCACCACAGGUGUUGGACCCAGCUGCUAACCAGCGGCAGUCAGAUCGUACGUCUGGCUUCACUUCGCCCUCUCACUUCAGCAGCCCUUCCUUUGCCGCUCAGCCCCACGUGUACCCCAGAGUAGGAACCCCUGUAACCCCCGACAGCAUGGUGGUGGGCAGUCCCAACCCUGGAGACACAGACUGCAUCUCUGACACCUCCAGUGUUUCAGCUGCCGGGCCUUCCCCCUCUCAUCAGCAGAACCCGUGGGGAAAUGUUUCCCAGGCCGUCCUGUUCCCCUCCCAGGAUCUGACCCAGCCCUGCUCACACACAUCCAGCCAGCAGUGCAGGACCAGCGCCCCAUUAGCCAGCGAGGAGGAGGGUAGUAACACCCACACCAGCACCCUGAAGCCUUGUUCUGCCGCCGGUGCUUCUCUGCGGCCUCCACACAUGGAGAGAGCUUCAUCACUGGAGGAUCCUGUCGUCCUUUCUCUACUGCGGCAGAACCUGAGAGAGAAGCACUCUCGACACGUGGCUGAUCUGAAGGCGUAUUACGAGUCUGAGAUUCAAAUCCUGCGAGACAAACUGAAACUCAGAGAUCUGCCCCAGGAUUUAGAGAGGAGCAACCAGGCCCUCGCAGACAGAUGCAGGCACCUGGAGAAAGCUCUGGCCGAGGCCACCAGUCGAGUUCAAGAACUCGAUGCAACAAACAGCCUGCUGGAGAAGAAGCUGGCAGAAUGGCCGGAGCGAUACGCUGUCGCGGCUGCUACCGUGAAGUCCUUGCAGCAGCGAAUGGAAGAAAGCAAACGCUCGGGCAAAGAGAAGGACGCCUCUGCAGCCCGUCUGAAGAGCCACGUACGGCAGCUGGAGGAGAAGCUGCUGAAAACCUGCAGGGAGGCUGAGGAGAGGGAGGCGAGGAGGGAGAGGGAGGCUGAGGAGAGGGAGGCGAGGAGGGAGAGGGAGUCCAACAUGCUGCAGGAUCUGCUUGGACAAUAUGACUCACUGGUGAAGGAGCACGAGGGACUGAAGGGCAACCUGGUGGCAACGGAGAACAAACUUGACGAUGCCACCGAUCAGAUAUCAGACCUGAAGAGAGUCAUCUCUAAACUGGAGUCUCAGGUGAAGCAGCUGGAGCACGAGAACCAGGCCAGAGCUCGAUACUCUUCCCACAAUAACACACAACCUUCUGGUGCUGGUCUCCUCCACCAUCCUGACCUGCUGAUGUCCCCGAGUAAAGGCAAGGCAGAACCAGAUGUCACGCGCAGGAAAUCCCCUUCUGAACAGCCGAACAGCGGCAGGAAAUCUCCAUUCCUUCAAAACAACCAAUCCAGUAUCCACAAGAAGUCACAUUAUCCAUUUAAUGAUCCAUCAUCGGGAACUGGAAGCUCUGUGGAGAGCUCUUCAGUUGGGGGGAGCUGGAGGUGUGCGUCCCCCCCGGAGUGUGAGCAGUCUCUGCAGCAGCAGCACAAGCAGCAGGAGCAGAGUCAGCGGGAGUCCGGCCCCAGGGAGGGGUCCUCUGCCCUGACGCCCAUGAUGAGGGCCCUGAUAGAGCUGGAGGAGACCAGAGCCACAGAGAGCCGGGCCCCCUGUAAGAACAGCCCCACCCCCUACAGGGUCGGCAAUCAGAGGACCACUGUGGGGUUUGUGGAGCGGAGACACAAAGAGGUGCUGCAGACCGAGAGGGAGGGGGGGAAAUCUGGAGGAGCAGCCAUAGCUGAGCCCAGAGGAGGAGGAGGAGGAAGAGGAAGAGGAGGAGGGGUAGCAAAGAAAAGAGCUGCAGCUCUCCUGAGAGCUCAGAGGAGUCUGUCUCCAGACGGCCACAGAUCCUCCUCACUGCCUCCAGAACAUCGAAACAAACCAACAACUACCCCCACCAAGAGAGGAACUUUACUGAUGCCCAGGUCUGCAAAGUCCAGUCCCAAACGCUGCCCCUCUGAGAACUACUCCACUGCUUUUGGUCACCUGAUGCCAAGAGAGGCACACAUGCACAAAAGGACUGAUGAUGAAGUUGACCAGAGGCGUGAUUCAUUCCACAACGGCAGUCCCAGGAAGAGACUCCAGUUUUCCUCAGCAGACAGAGAAGAUGACCUGCAGCAGUGCUCGGGCAGUGUUAACCCUCUGGAGGGAAACCCCCAGCUGGGCUGGGAGGGGCCGGGGGUCUCUGGUGUCUCCGAGCUGCAGGACUCCUGCGAGGACUCGCCUCCGUUUCUCCUGGACAGAUUCCACUCGCUGACUGAGGCCGAGAAACUGUUGGAUGAGCUGACGCAGGAGAAACUGCAGGUUGAGGCAGCUUUGAGUCGGAUGCCUGGAGCCGGAGGGAGAGUGACUCUACAGACCCGGUUAGAUGAGGUGGCCUUAGAGAACCGUCUGGAGAGGCUGAAUCGACAGCUGGGAUCUCUCCGCAUGACUCUGAAGAGAUUCCACGUCCUCCGCUCCUCUGCCAACAUAUAGCAAAGUUUGUCUUUUCUCACCACAGUGUAGAAGCUACAACUUUCAUACACUGCACUGAUUGUCUGCCUGUGCCAUAAAACCAUCUGUACAAAGACUCCACACCAUCUUUUUAUACGUAUAUCUCUGGGAUAUUUUUAUAUGUCUGAAAGAUAUUUCCAUUUUUGGAGUAUAUUUUUAGAAAUGCACAGAUUUGUAAAGUCGUUUACUUUUUUAGUCACAGAAAUAUUAAUAUGAUAUGUUUUACUUGCCAUAUUCAGGUGUAGAUUUUUAAAUCUGCCAUGUGAAUGAAUAAUCAAAAAGGACUUUCCAGCAGAGACAUUCAUCCACUCGGGAAAUAUGACUGCCAUUUUAAUUAAUGUGUCAAUGAACAUUUCUGACGUCGAAGGUGUUUGUUUUAUGUUUUCGUACAUUUUUAACAUGUUUAUUUCUUUUAAGAGUCGUUUUUUUCUAUUUGCUUUGGGCCAAAUGUAUGAAACUUGAAAAAAUUAUUUGUUUACUUGAAUCAAAAUCGCCUUUUUUCUUUGUUUACUUUCCAUUACUACUUGACACUUUCCUUGCUUUAUGUUUCAUAUUUGUUACAGGACUGGACGCUCUGUAUUGGAGCUCAUUGUAAAAUCCAAACCAGCACACUUUCAGUACACACACACACACACACACACACACACACACACACACACACAUUCUUUGUUGUUUCUCGAUCGAUGCUUGUGCAUGGAAUCUUGUGCACUGCUUACUUUUGCCAUGCAGUUUUCAACAAGACAUGAACUUCACUGGAACUAUAAUAUUGUUGUUGCACAAUAAAUUAAGAUUUUUCGAUAACUA